AUGGCUGCUGGCUUUGCUCAAAGAUGGGCCCGAUUCCUUCCAAUGAUCGGGUACCACCAUGUGUUGAUGCUUAUCAUAGCAGUUGCUAUCAUCUUAUUAUCACUGCUGUUGGCCGGCUGCUCUUCCUCAUCACCGCAAAUCCCUAAUAUCUUCCUUAUCUCUCUAUACUAUGAAAAGUACAACCCCAUAAGGGAUCUCGCACAAGUCGACCCGGGUGUUGUGACUGCCAUCUCCAACAUUGUCGGCGGCGCAGAGAUGGAAGUUCGAGUGGGAUACUUUGGUAUCUGUGUUCAGCCUGAUCACGGCUCUUUUAUUUGCAAUGCCAAUGCGACGGCGCUGGCCGAGAUUGUCACUGUGGAUCAAGAUCCGCUGAACCUGAUCUGGGUCGCCUCGACUUUUAAAGAUGCCGUUGUUUUCCCAUACCUCCUGAUUGUUGCUGUCAUUCUCGCAUUCUUCUGCUUCAUCAUUCUGGCGACAUUCCCUGGCUGGCACGAGGAGAUCGACGAGACUGGAUCGGAGCGUGACGUCAAGCCUUUCCCCUCGCGCCCCGUCUGCCAGGUUGCGCUAGCCCUCAUUUUCGUCUCCUCUGUGUUUGUCCUUGUGUCAGUACUGUGGCAGCACACAGCAUCUGUCGCUGCCAGUACGAUAGCCCAAGACAUGGGCAAUGGAAGUGUAAGGAGCGGUGUUGGCUCUUCUGCAAUGGUACUUGGCUGGUUUGGCUUUGUCCUACUGGUCAUAGUAACUGUUGGCUUGCUGAUCAUGAUCUUGAGUCUUCGUUUGCUCCACAAACUGACCGAUGAUGCAUAA